UGCCGUGGGGCUGGACUUUCUCGUUGCCGCGGCGGCAGCAGCAGGGCUGGCGGCAGGAAGGAUACAUGACUUCUUGAAAAGAGAGAAAAUGCUAUGCUGGGGUUACUCGUCUUUUGGACAACCUGGGAUAGGUAGCAACCUCCAGGUCAUCAUUCCUGAACCACAGGUGUAUGGCUUCAUUCAUGACAGAAAUGUCAAGGAGGUGGCAUGUGGAGGAAACCACUCUGUGUUCCUGCUGGAAGAUGGGGAAGUGUAUACUUGUGGCUUGAACACAAAAGGCCAGCUGGGGCAUGACUGUGAAGGAACCAAGCCAGAGCAAAUCGGAGCCCUGGCCGGGCAGCACAUCGUGCAUGUGGCCUGCGGAGAGUCUCACAGUGUGGCACUCAGUGACCAGGGCCAACUCUUCUCCUGGGGUGCCGGCAGUGAUGGGCAGUUGGGCCUCACCACCGUAGAAGAUGCAGUGAUGGUACCAAGGUUGAUAAAGAAAUUGAACCAACAGACAAUACUGCAGGUUUCCUGUGGAAAUUGGCACUGCCUGGCUUUGGCAGCAGAUGGCCAGUUCUUCACAUGGGGACAGAACAACUACGGUCAGCUGGGCUUGGGCAAAGAAUGUCCCUCCCAAGCCAGUCCACAACGUGUCAAGUCUCUUGAUGGGAUCCCUUUGGCUCAGGUUGCUGCAGGCGGAGCCCACAGUUUUGCCCUGUCUCUCUCAGGAGCUGUGUUUGGCUGGGGGAAGAACAGCUCAGGACAGCUGGGACUAAGUGAUGAACGAGACCGAGAAUCCCCAUGUCAUGUGAAGCUGUUGCGGUCUCAAAUGGUUGUUUACAUCAGCUGUGGAGAGGAACACACAGCAGUUCUGACAAAGAGUGGAGGGGUGUUCACGUUCGGUGCAGGUUCCUGUGGGCAACUGGGACAUGACUCCAUGAAUGAUGAAGUGAACCCCCGAAGAGUUCUUGAGCUAAUGGGCAGUGAAGUAUCCCAGAUUGCUUGUGGCAGACAUCACACUUUAGCCUUUGUGCCUUCUUCAGGAAUGAUCUAUGCAUUUGGCUGUGGAACAAGAGGCCAGCUGGGAACAGGGCACACUUGCAAUGUGACGUGUCCCUCUCCUGUCAAGGGUCAUUGGGCAGCUCACAAUGGGCAACUCUCAGGGAAACCUGAUGCCUGUAAAUAUCACAUUGUUAAACAUAUCUUCUCUGGAGGAGACCAAACAUUUGUGCUUUGCUCCGAAUAUGAGAAUUCCUUGCCUGCUGAUGAUUUCCGGACCAUAAAUGAAACACGUUACACCUGUUUAAUAAAUGAUGAAACUAUAGAUGUCUGGAGGCAAAAGCUUUUAGAAAAGAACAGUUCUAAUUCUGUCAAUAAUGUUGUUCAGAUACUGUCCUCAGCUGCCUGCUGGAAUGGAAGCUUCUUAGAGAAGAAAAUUGAUGAACAUUUUAAAACCAGUCCAAAGAUCCCAGGGAUUGAUCUGAACUCCACCAGGGUGCUGUUUGAGAAGCUGAUGAACUCUCAGCACUCCAUUCUCCUAGACCAGAUACUGAAGAGCUUUGAAAGUUUUUUGAUUCCUCAGCUGUCUAGCUCACCACCAGAUGUGGAGGCAAUGAGGAUAUAUCUGAUUCUCCCUGAAUUCCCACCCUUCCAAGACUCCAAGUAUUAUAUCACGUUAACACUUCCCCUAGCAAUGGCUAUUCUGCGCCUAGAUACCAACCCCAGCAAAGUUCUUGAUAAUUGGUGGUCUCAAGUGUGCCCAAGAUACUUCCUCAGGCUAGUGGACCUCUACAAAGGUGCAGUUGUUUACCUUCUCAGUGGAAGAAAGACACUGUUGAUCCCAGUUCUAUUCAGUAGCUACAUUACAGCUGCUCUCAGACUUCUGGAGAAACUCCACAAGAAAGUCAGACCAUCUAUCAUGCAGGAUGCUGUGACACUCUGCUCUUAUCCUUUCAUCUUUGAUGCUCAGGCUAAGACCAAGAUGUUACAGACAGACGCAGAACUACAGAUGCAGGUUGCAAUAAAUGGUGCAAAUUUGCAGAAUGUCUUCAUGCUUCUCACCCUGGAGCCUCUGCUGGCCAGAAGCCCUUUCCUGGUUCUUCAUGUUCGCAGGAGUAACUUAGUUGGUGAUGCUUUAAGGGAGUUGAGCAUCCAUUCAGACAUUGAUUUGAAAAAGCCUCUUAAAGUCAUCUUUGAUGGUGAGGAAGCUGUUGAUGCUGGAGGUGUGACAAAGGAAUUUUUCCUCCUGUUGUUAAAAGAACUCCUCAAUCCCAUCUAUGGCAUGUUCACUUACUACCCAGAGUCAAACCUGCUGUGGUUUUCAGACACGUGUUUUGUAGAACACAACUGGUUUCACUUGAUUGGCAUCAUAUGUGGUCUUGCAAUAUACAACUUCACAGUGGUAGACCUUCACUUUCCCUUGGCUCUGUACAAAAAACUCUUGAAUGUGAAGCCCUGCCUAGAGGAUUUGAAGGAGCUAUCCCCUACAGAAGGAAGGAGUCUUCAGCAACUUUUAGAUUACCCUGGAGAAGAUGUAGAAGAGACAUUCUGCUUGAAUUUUACAAUCUGCAGGGAAAGCUAUGGUGUGACAGAGCAGAAGAACCUGAUCGAAGAUGGAGAUAGAAUUACAGUGCAGAAGGGCAAUAGGGAAGAAUUUGUUGAAGCCUACGUAAAUUACAUCUUCAACCUCUCCAUCCAUGAAUGGUACACGGCCUUUUCCACUGGCUUCCUGAAAGUGUGUGGUGGGAAAGUCCUGGAACUCUUCCAGCCCACAGAGCUCAGGGCCAUGAUAGUUGGAAACAGUAACUACAACUGGGAGGAAUUGGAAGAGAGUGCCAUCUAUAAGGGAGACUACACUGCAACACACCCAACUGUGAGAAUGUUUUGGGAAACCUUCCAUGCAUUUCCCUUAGAAAAAAAGAAGAAAUUCCUCUUGUUCCUGACGGGCAGUGACCGCAUUCCCAUCUACGGCAUGUCCAGCUUGCGCAUCGUCAUCCAGUCCACCACCAGUGGGGAGCAGUACCUGCCCGUGGCACAUACCUGCUACAACCUCCUGGACCUGCCCAAGUACAGCAGCAAGGAGAUUCUCAGUGCCCGGCUGAUGCAAGCCAUCGACCACUACGAGGGCUUUAGCUUAGCUUGACUCAUGUGGGAGAGGCACAGACACUUGGGUAUGGAGGAAUAAAACAAUGGGCUCGGCUUUAUUUUUGUAAGGGAAUGGAUCAGGACCUCUGGGGGGAAGAUAUAAUUAGUAAUAAUAAUAAUAAUAGAUUGAGAUGAUGCAGUCUCAGCCCGAUUCCCCCAUCAUUUUGUGGGGCUUCAACAGGGAGAGGCUGUUGCUCUGAAUUUUCUCAUCUGCUGAACAAAAUUAGUUCAGUGGGCAUUUUUGUUGUUUUCCUCCAACUGGACAUCACUGCCCUGACAGCAAUUCCUUGUAGUUUGCUUUUAUUGCCCCUGCACACACACACUUACCUCUCCUUUUAAUCAAGUUUAAAUAUUUUGAUGUUCCUUGCAUUUAGGCUAUGAUGGAAACUGAGGAUGAAAUAGUGAUCUCUUUGAAAAGCUGUGAUUCCCCCCCUUUUUUCCUCCCUUUUUAAAUGCAAGCUGGUUCUUGCUUGCUUCGAAUAGGAAUACCCCUUCUGCCCUUUGCUUCUUGGUGUAUGGUACUGGGCUGGGAUGUCAUUUGUGACCCCCAGGGUGGUGUAUUAGGGAUGCUGUGUCUUUUUGCACCAGGCUCUCUCAUGGAGAAUGUGGUGGUUGAGGGGGUUGCUUGUUUAUCCUCACUUGUCUCAAAUUUUGUUUCCAAGCAGUGUCACCUUAAAGAAGCCUCAGACUCCUCUGGAGUGGGGUUUGUGUUCAGGCUUGUGGAAGGACAAACCCUACCUAUAGUAACGGGUUUCUCUAAGUCCAUCUCUCACGUUGUGUUUGUACCUGGGUAAGUCCACAAGCCAGACUCGUAUGCUUUGCCAAGCCCUAUUUUUCUACCUGAACAGAGCUGUUAUUCCAAUGCAAGGUGAGGGGCUGCUCUUACCACUGCCACCUUUCUUCAGGAGUCACCUGUACCUGUACACGUGUGUGAGUGUAUGAGGCGUGUAUGAGCUCUCCAGUCUCACCAAGUCACAGAAAACAAACAGGCGUGAGAUCCACAUUAGAGGGAUAACCCUAACUGUGGAGACUGGCUUUAUUUUUGCAGUUAGGGUCACUUUAUGUUGCUGUUGGAGAGGAGUCCUUUCACUUGACAGCUGUUUGGCUGGGUGGCCCUGAAGGACAAUCCUUAUAAAUGAGACUGGAAACGUACAGGAGUCUUGAGCAGGCAAAAUCAUUACCUAAACCUAUGCUGUAAGACUGGAGAGCCUUUAUCCUCUCCCCCACCCCAGUCUCACCCUCUAUUAAAUGAAGUUUGAAUGGUUUCCUCCCCCUUUUGCCUCCCCCCACCUCAUUUUUCAGGUCUUGAUGUAAAUCUCAUUUUAAGCCUAGGGUGGUUUUGACAUUAACUUCUUAUUAGGACAUAGUAUUUAUGCACCCUGUUCAAUAGACAGUAUUGAACUUUGCACCUCGUAACAAAAGGUUUUAGGCUUCUGGGUUUUUUAAGACAAGCUGUGGGUUACACAGAGCCCCUCAGCCUCUUUCUAAUGCAGCAUUGAGGACAAAUAUACAAUUAUAUCAAAUGUUUAUUUUCAAUGUGUGUGUACAGAGUACAGUAUUAUGCAAUAAAUCUGAUGUUUAAUUCUGA